AUGCGAGAAAGUACUCCUCACCUUCACGUUUAUUUGGCCCUCAGCACUAAGUUUGACAAGGGGAGUGCGCACUGCCUUGACUUGGAUGACGUUGGAACCAAACGUCGUGUAAAAUAUGAAGGAGUUAAAGACCCUUCAGCCAUUAUUGAGUACUGUAGAAAAGGAGGAAGUCACAUCAAAUUUGAACCUGAUAUUGUUGUUAGACGAAGCAAUAGAAAUAUUCUUGCCGACACAUCCACUGGAGAGCAAGUAUUGGAGAUCUCCAAAGGGAAUACACAGAGUUUUUACUCUGUAGUUAUAGAUGUCAAAGGAAUUUCCAGUUUAAAAGAAGUACCAGCCGGGGUAGAAAAUAUAGGAUGUAUAUGUGUGAUACUCUGGAAAUGGAGACUCGUCACAAGGAUAUAUGUAAUGGUAUUUUUGAAAGUAAAAAUGUAUGCAAUUGAAAAUUCUAACUUGCGAACAAUAAUUGCUCCACGAGAAGUUGAAGAUGCAUUAUAUUUUGUUGUCUCUCGACGUGAUGUAUCGUUUCUACAAAAUGGAACCUACCUCACUAGCGUUAUGCUACUUAGUGAUUACGAAACAAUUGACACGAAACUCGGACCACGACGAGGAUAUGAUGGAAUUAGAAGACCUCCCGAUACUUAG